AUGCGCCCUGCGUUCCCCAUCAACCCCGCCGCCAUUCCGGCCAUACGGACACGGAAGGCCCUGCUGGUCGUCGACCUCCAGAAUGACUUUAUUUCCCCAGGCGGAGCUCUGCCUGUGAGCGAGCCUGACGACUUUGUGAAGCGGUCCCUUGAGUUGGUCAAAGUUUUCCGAGAUUCUGGCGCCGGUGAUGUGGUCUGGGUCCGCAGCGAGUUUGAGCGUCACCGGUCAUUAUCGGCCGAAGGAGAGCAGAUCAUCACAGCCAACGUGCCAAUACGCCCACCAAGACCAGGCAGCGCUCGGGGUCGCCCUCCCACCUCACGAGAACACGAUGGCGCCGCGAUGGAGGCUGACGACGAGGCAUUUCUGAGCAACGGAGGGGCUCCGAAGAAACCCUGUGUUAGAAAGGGGACCAAAGGAGCCGAGUUGGUUGCAGAAGUCCAAGAAGCCGUCGAUGCCACCCGGGAUAUUGUCUUCACCAAGACACACUACAGCGCCUUUGCCUCGAGUCAACAAGAGUUGGUGCAGACACUGAGGCGUCGCUUCGUGACAGGGCUGUACGUGUGUGGAGCCCUGACCAACAUCAGCAUCUACGCGACAGCGCUGGAUGCAGGCAGACAUGGAUACGAGAUGACGAUUGUGGAGGACUGCUGUGGUUUCCGGAAUCAGCUGCGGCACUUCAACGCCGUCAAACAGCUCGUGCAGUUGACGGGCAGCCAGGUGGUCAACGCCAGCGCAGUCAUGCAAGAACUGCAACCGCCGCCGGCAGACAGCCGCCCGUCUGGGCUCUCCCCCUUUAUCUCCAACAUGCAGUUGAACCGGCCGAGCGGGUCUUCGGUCACACCACGGAAAGACAAGGCUCCCGGGCCCACCUCCACGUCUGCCAAGACGGCGCCGCCUCCACCAGAUCGGGGCGCAAGCGGGCCAAGCACUUCGACUGCUGCACACCAACGCCCUUCCCAAGACGCCCAUGUCCAAGUCCAACAGCAAUACAUACACACGCCCUUGGAGGCUGACUCGGACUCGUCGCCGUCAGACAACGAUGAUGAGUCGCUGAGGAAACAGGAGAAGCAGCCCGUCACGAGUGGUGGUGGUUCAAAGCAGGGCGAGCUGUCAUUGAGCAGCCCACAAGGUCCGGCCCGCGCCCCUGGCGCACCCAUCACUAAAUCUGAGAAUGCCACUAGGGUAAGAACACACGCCCGACUACGGCUGCGCAAUUCGGGUUCUGAUAAAAGCUUCGCAUCGCCGCCGAGGUCCCCUCCCAACGCUGACCCAACUCCGCCUGCUGUGAAGGACUCGACCGAGAAGAAAGCCGAUCCUGACGAGCCGCACCAGACCAAGAGAACCAAGAUCGAGGUGGGCUCUGAGACGGACAACAUGGACAAGAAGCAACACGACAGCCUCAAGAUCGAGCCAGACCCGGAGGUUGAGAAGAUCACCCAGCAGCUGACCAACUCCAAGAUCGAGGUAGAUUCGGAUUCUGAGAGGGACAGCAAGGAGCCUGGCAGCCCCAAGAUGGAAGCUGGUCCGGAUGCCAAGAGUGUGGACGUCAAACUCACCAGUGCUGUAUCUGAGCCUUCCUGUGAAGGCGACACUCAUGUCAUCACCAAUGUUCUUUCGCCAACUCUCGCGGCCGAUGCCUUUGAACGUCUGCUGGAGGAAGUCAGCUGGGCCGGCAUGUCCCACAUGGGCGGCGAGGUUCCUCGUCGCAUAGCCGUCCAGGGUGAAGUCGACAAGGACGGAAACAUGCCCGUCUACCGCCACCCAGCCGACGAAUCGCCCCCUCUCCUUCCCUUCUCCCCCACCGUCCUCCAGAUCAAGACCGCAAUCGAAAAGCACCUCGGCCACCCCGUCAACCACGUCCUGAUCCAACACUAUCGCGGCGGCGACGACUACAUCAGCGAGCACAGCGACAAAACCCUCGACAUCGUCCCCAACAGCUUCAUCGCCAACCUCUCCCUCGGCGCCGAGCGAACCAUGGUUUUCCGCACCAAACGCCGCCCCUCCAAACACCACCAAGAAGAAACCUCGCCUGCGGAAAAAGCCAAACGCCAGAUCCAACGCGUCCCCCUCCCCCACAACUCGCUCCUCCGCAUGGGCCUCUCGACAAACAAGCACUGGCUCCACGCCAUCCGCCCGGACAAACGACCCCCCCUUUCCAAAUCCCCCUCUGAACUCUCCCACUCUGGUCACCGCAUCUCCCUCACCUUCCGCCAAAUCGGAACGUACAUCAACCCCUCCCAAACCCUCAUCUGGGGCCAGGGCUCCCCCGGCAAAACCUUUGGUGAAGCCCAACCCGUCCGCAACGGGCAGACUCCAGAGGCGAUUCAACUCCUAAAGGCCUUUUCCGCCGAGAAUAACGAUCCGGCUUUUGACUGGGAGGGCUUUUACGCCGGCGGUUUUACUGUGCUGCACAUGGGGACGCCGAAGCGGUACUGUCUCGGGAGCGACGUCAUCGCCAACGCGAGCGUCUUGUUCGCGCUGGGGGAGUUGGGGGUAAAUUGCGCAAAGGGGAGCGUGAGCACCGCGGGGGGCAGGUUUGAGGAUAACGAUCCCGACCGGGGGGUGGUGGAGGGGUGGGGGAACGUGUUGAGGUAUUUGGAUGCGGUUUACGGGGCGGGGAGGAGGUAUGAUCAGUUUGGUCCUGGGCAGGUGGCCAAGCGGUUCAUGUUAUUGGACAGGGCGGUGAGGGAGUUUGGGGAGGGGAUUUGGCGGCCUGUUCGGGAGGGGUUGGGGGAGAGGUUGGGAGGGGAGGAGCCCGGGAUGGGCAAGGUGAAGAAGGUUGUAACGGUGCUGCUGUGGGAGGAGCUGGAGUUUUGGGAGGGGGAGGUCAGGGCCGGUGCGGAGAGGGGGAAGGGGUUGUUCGUGCUUGGGGGGGAGACGGCGUCGCCGGUGGAUUUCGCCUUGUGGCCGCUGUUGCAUGAUAUUGUAAGGGUUUGUGGGGAGCAGGUGUUUGCGGUGAGUUUUGGGAGCAAGGGGAAAACUACAGAGGAGGGGGAAGAGGAAAUCAGGCAGGUAUAUCUCAGAAAGUAUUACGAGGGGAUCAAGCAGAGGGCUGGGGUGAGGGAGAGGGUGUUGGGACUGUGGGAGGGAGAGCCUUUGUGA